UUCAGUUCAAUUCCAACUCGACUCAAAGCCGGUUUUCGUUUUUUGCUCGAGACCUUCUGGAAUAUUAAAAUGCGUUUUGCUCUGUUAACCAUUCUGGGGCUGUGUCUGUUGGCGCUUGUCCUUGCCAGUCCAGCCAAGGACUCGAAAAAGCCGGCAAACAGCUGCGCACGCGCUUGCGGCGACGACUACGAGCCCGUGUGCGCCAGGACUAAGAACAGCAGCAAGGAGCGCCUCUUGACGUUCGGAAGCCCGUGCGUCAUGGCCAAUUACAACUGCCAACACGCCGACGAUCCAUUUGAGGUCAAGUCAAAGGGCGAAUGUGGCGGCGGCGUCAGCGUGCGUCUAUCAUAAAAAUUGCGAAUAAUUGCGAACCUCCACAACUGAAAUAAUCAAUAUUUAAAGUCUUAUGGCACAAGCAAUAAAACUGUUUAUAUAUAUUUAGA